UACUACAAAAUUCAGAAAUGACCGCACAUCCAAGUCGCCAUCACGCCGUAAUUAUAAUAGGAAGGAAAGUUUAAGAACUCGCGAUUUGGAUAAGAAAAGCCCGGUUAGAUCACCGGUCAGUCGAAAUAAUGGAAGAGAAUGGUCACGAUCUCGUAUUUCACCACCACAAUAUGAUAAAAGAUCAAAAUCACCAAGACGAAUACGUUCUCAAACAAUAUCUCGAGAUAGAAAAGUUUCUCGACUUAGUUUAUUCCCUUCACGAAAGGACCGUAAGUCUGGAUCUUCAGAUCGUGUGAAUAACAGAAGAGAACUUUCAAAGUCUCGAGAAAAAUCGCGUCGUAGUCCUUCUCCCCAUCACAGUUCUCAUAGGUCUUCGGCUCGCGGACAGGCUGACUCUUAUCGUCCAAAUUACCAAAGUCAAAGAUCUAGGUAUGAUUCAUAUCGUCCAAAAAAAGCUAUAAAAUCAUCAGAUCGGCAGAAUUCAAAAGCUGAAUCUCGAUCGUCUGCAUUGGUUCGUCCUGAAACUUCUAGUACUGCUAAUUUUUCACCAAUUCGUGAGAAUGCGAUAUUAGAACGUCCACGACCUUAUAAACCAAUAUAUGAUGCCAUAGCAGAACUUAAAGAACGUAAAGAUGCAUUCUAUUUUGAAUAUGAUGAUUAUUUGAAUGGCAAUUCAAGAUUCAAGACCCCAUCUCUUAAUAUUACUAACGCUCGCCAAGACAUGAUUGAUCACAUAAUUCAAUCUUGUUUACGUUUGCAAUUACCUAUGAAUUGUAUGGCUGCGACGUUAAUAUUCUACCAAAGGUUUCACGCAAAAUUAGAACGAGAUAAAAAAGCUUUUCCAGAAUUAUACGCACAUCAGGUUGAGCAUGAUAAUGAUCUUAUGAUAGCUGCCUGUAUGCUUUUUGCUGGAAAGGUUACAAAUUGUAGGAUUGGUGUGACAAAUGCGAUUAAAGGAAGUUGGAGUGAAACGAGAUGUCCAAACGAAGAAAGUCCGGCAUUUCUUGAUCGAAAAGCAUCGGUUAUCCAUUAUGAAAAUUGCUUGAUGACGGCAGUUGGUCUUGACCUUGCAAAAGACACUCCUUACGCGGUGGUAAAUAAGAUAAUUUCUCCGAUAUUUGAGAAAUCUGGGGGGACGUGCACAUUGGAUGCUGUUUGGAAAAAGUUUACUAGACAAACCUACGAGCAAAUUUUAGAGUCUCUACGUCGUACAAUAAUUGCUGUCACAUAUAGUGCAAGUGAAAUUGCGACAGCAGCGGCAGCUAUUGCAUCAUUUCAA